GGCAUGAAGGCCAAGCGAGGAAUCGUAUAAAGCCAGCGACUCAUGAAAGCCAGACAUUCGAUCGUGACAGACGUCAGACGAAAGCUCGACGACAUAAAAUCGCCAUGGCUCGUGCACUGGUUCUACUCCUUCUCGUCGUAGCUAUUGCCUACAGCACUCUUGCACAUCCAGAGGCCAGUCACAAGUGUGGUCCCAAUGAAGAGUUCAAACAGUGCGGAUCUCCGUGUGUGGAUACCUGUGAAAAACCAGCAUCACCUAUCUGUACUCUGAGAUGCGAGGUCGGUUGCCAGUGUAAACCAGGCUACGUGAGAAACAGACAGAACCAGUGUGUUCUUACUCGCGAAUGUUAAAUUCCCACGACAAGCUGAUAUUGACAAUUGCAUUGGUAAAAAGGAAAAUCUUCAUUCUCCUGCGGACAGGUGUAAUUUAUUGUACCGCAACUUACAUUCAGUGAUACCUACUGAGUAAUUGUAAUAGUUUUUAUCACUUACGUUAAGUCUGGUCAUGUUUCUAAUAAAACACA